AUAGCUACCGAGGCGGCCGCCCUCUUCCCGGUCUCCUCCUCCCCACACUCCGGCUCCUUUUGUACGAGGCGAGGAAAGUAGGACGAGGAAGUGCGGACGCACCGGACCCGGGCAAACAUCACCGGAGGCUCUAUCGACCGGGUUGGCCAGUUGAUUUAGGAGAGGACCAGACCGGAAAUGGUCGUCUCCAUGGUAACCCCUGAGCGGGUUGCCUGGGAGAUGACCCCUUUCUGUCUCUGAGUCUCCGGUGUAUCGUCGCUUCUAAGGCAGAUCUAACAGAUCCUGGACUGUCUCCUGCCAUGAUUCCCGGGAAGUACCGCUCUGUUUCUGGCCGGGCUGCGAACAACGUGAACUGUGGGCUUCAUCUGGUUAUUCAAACAUCAUCGCUUCCUGAAAAAAGCAAAGUUGAAUUCAAGCUAAAUAAAGAAACACCAUCAUUCUCUGGUCGACUCUUGCAACAUGAUCUUGAAAGAAACUACUCAAGUAGGCAAGGUGAUCAUAUUCAUCUGGCGAGCUCAUCAAUGCCAUCGUUUCCCAUUCUGCAGCGUUCUUCUGAAGAGAAAAUUCUUUACUCAGACAGGUUGACCCUAGAAAGGCAAAAGCUGACUGUAUGUCCUAUCAUUGAUGGAGAAGAACACCUUCGUUUGUUGAACUUCCAACACAAUUUUAUAACUCGGAUCCAAAAUAUUUCUAAUCUACAGAGGCUAAUAUUCUUGGAUUUAUAUGAUAACCAAAUUGAAGAAAUCAGUGGGCUUUCUACUCUGAGAUCCCUCCGUGUCCUUCUGCUGGGGAAAAACAGAAUCAAGCAAAUUUCAAAUCUGGAGAACCUCAAAAGCUUAGAUGUCUUGGACCUUCAUGGAAAUCAGAUUACCAAAAUCGAAAAUGUCAGUCAUUUGUGUGAUUUGAGAGUUUUAAAUCUUGCUAGGAACCUUUUAAGUCACGUUGAUAAUCUUAAUGGGCUGGAUUCACUAACUGAACUUAACCUGCGACACAAUCAGAUCACUUUUGUGAGAGAUGUGGACAAUUUGCCCUGCCUCCAACGUCUGUUUCUCAGCUUCAACAAUAUCUCUACUUUUGAAAGUGUUUGCUGCCUUGCUGACUCUUCUUCUCUCUCAGACAUCACUUUUGAUGGCAAUCCAAUAGCUCAAGAGUCAUGGUACAAACACACUAUCCUUCAGAAUAUGAUGCAGCUGCGCCAGCUGGACAUGAAGAGAGUCACGGAAGAAGAAAGGCGUAUGGCAUCUGUUGUAGCCAAAAAGGAGGAAGAGAAGAAACGGGAAAGUCAUAAACAGUCCUUGCUUAAGGAGAAGAAAAGGUUAACAAUUAACAACGUAGCUCGAAAGUGGGACUUGCAACAGCAUCGAAUACCCAAUAUUGCUCCAAAUCAAGAUAGAAAAGUUUCUGACUCUUCUCAAGACCCUUCUCAGCUCCACGGAAGCACUGUCUCUGCAUUUCCAGAGGAAACAGGGUCUCUGGACUCAGGACUCACCAAUGAUUUACAGGGUUUAUCUGUCACAGAUACACACCUUGUUGAAGUGGAUGGGGACACACUUUCCCUGUAUGGCUCAGGAGCACUGGAAUCUCUAGAUCGGAAUUGGAGUGUUCAAACAGCAGGAAUGGUGACAACAGUGUCCUUCACUUUCAUAGAAUUUGAUGAAAUCGUCCAAGUGCUUCCCAAAUUGAAGAUUAAAUUUCCUAAUUCUCUGCACCUUAAAUUCAAGGAAACAAAUCUUGUAAUGCUGCAGCAGUUUAAUGCACUAGCUCAACUCCGCCGUGUCGACCAGUUGACAAUUGAUCCUCAAGGAAAUCCAGUUGUCAAUUUUACACUCUGGAAAUACUAUGUACUGUUUAGGCUGAGCCAUUUUAGUAUGCAGAAAAUAAAUGGAACAGAGGUGACGCAGAAUGAUAUGAUAAUGGCUGAAAGGCUCUUUGGAAUCUUAGCACAUGUCGCAUCUUCCGAGUUACCCCAGUACCGUAUGAUUUCAAUUCUGGGUGAUGCCAGAAAGAAGCAAUUCCGGUAUCUGCUAGAAACCAAAGGAAAAAAACCUGGUCUUGUCAAUGAAGAAAACAACGAUAGCAAAAGACUUGUAGGAGAAAACACAAACCGUGCUAUGCUAAAUUAUACCACGAGAGACUUUUAUAACGAAAGGCUAGAGGAAAUAAAGGAAAAAAAGAAAUUCUGCAAGAUGUAUAUGGAGGACCUUGUGAAGGAAGCCACGGAAAUCAACAUGAAAAACGAGGCUCUGCAGAAGCUUUGGCCGCAGAUGUUCAUUGAGCUUGUUAGGGACGCAGUCAUAGAAAUCCGCAAUAAAAAUUCCUACAUGAAGCUUUGCCUACAGCAGAUAACUGACCAAAACUAGAAAUGGCUUUUAGUUACAGUUGAUUUUAGCAGUUUUGUGUUUUUGAAGGUUGAAAACAAGUAGGUUAAACAUGUUGAAACAACACUAUCCUACAAACUAGAAAGCCUAGCAUCAAAGCACUAUUGCCUACUGUUCCCGUAGUUAAAGGUGAGGAAGGAAGGACAGAGAGAGGGAAGGGAGGGUUGGCUUCCUAUGUAAGCUGACCAAACAACCUCUGGGAACUAAGUGGCCCUGAGAGCUCACUGGGCGUUGCCCUGGCCCCGUGACUCCAGCUCUCGCUUCGCCUGGCGCCCCUGCUCUAGCCCAAAGCACGGAGUACUUGCUCAGGUUUCAGCAUGAGUUGCUUCUACCUACUUGCAGCUGGUAAUUUCCACUUAUUUGCCUUUUUAUUUUAUGUCAUGAUUUCAAAGCCAAAAAUACUUUCUUUUUUAUGAGUGAAGAAUAAACUUAUUAAUAAAUUAGUAAAAAAAAAAAAGUGUGUUUGCCUCCUU